AUGCCAGUGAAGUCCACCUCUCAGAGUGCAGCAGCAACAAAAGACGCCCAAAAGCCCAACACUCAUCGGGUCACGCUGCAUCAGUGGGUGUCACAGAUCGCACCAACUCCCUCUCGCUCCCCGCCCCUGCCUCCCCUCCCCCCCGCCCAGCUGAUGUUAGACGACGACGACAAGCCCAGCAUUAGGAGGAAGAAGCAGAUCCGACCCCCGCGGACCGAUACACCUGCAGCGUCUGUGACAAGAGCUUCCCAGCUUCAGGACCCAGGCGUUCCUCAACAACCACCUGAAGACGCACAGCACGCGCGCCCCUACGCCUGCGGGCAGUGUGGGAAGUGCUUCACCAAACUGCAGAGCCUCUCCAAACACAUGCUGGCUCACAGCGGCCAGAAGCCCUUCUACUGCAACAUCUGCAACAAGGGCUUCACGCAGUCCACCUACUUCAAGCGCCACAUGGAGUGCCACACCAGCCAGAUGACGUUCCCCUGCAAGCACUGCAGCAAGAGCUUCCCCACGGCCUUCAAGCUGUCCAACCACGAGCGCUGGCACACCCGAGACCGCCCUCACAUGUGCGAGCGCUGCGGGAAGAGGUUCCUCGUCCCCAGCCUGCUGAAGAGACACAUGGGAUACCACAUCGGAGACCGCCAGUACCUCUGCUCCCAGUGCGGAAAGACCUUCGUGUACCUGUCGGACCUGAAGAGGCACCAGCAGGACCACGUGCCCAAAGCUAAGAUCCCCCCCGCCCCGUCUGCCAGAAGAAAGAGGCCGUACCGCUGCUCCAUCUGCGAGAAGACCUUCACCCAGGUGGGGAAUCUGAAGGUCCACAUCCGGCUGCACACCAACGAGCGGCCGUUCAGCUGCGACGUCUGCGGCAAAACCUACAAGCUGGCGUCCCAUCUGAACGUGCACAAGAGGACGCACACCUGCAAGAAGCCGUGGACGUGUGAAACGUGCGGGAAGGGCUUCUCCGUGCCCGGCCUGCUGAAGAAACACGAGCAGAUGCACACGAGGGACGCUAACCCCGAGCUCGCCGGGAAACGGAGACACCGGGAUCCUAGCGGCACUAUUCUGUACAUAUUGGAGCUUCUGAAGGCUGAGUCCCGAUGGGGAGAGCGUUGCAGUAAUCGAGCCUUGAGGAGACGAAGCAUGGACCAGUUGUUCAGCAUCUGA